CAACAUAGCAUAGCACAGCGACUGUGCCAUCGAUUGUUUUGCAGCUCUUCGGACUGUGGACACGAAUAUAUGCGGAAUUAACAAAUAAACAUGCGUGUAUACAUACAUACGGUUGAAAAAGUUGAUACAUAGUGCAAAACUAAAUUAAAACGCCCACGCAUUACUCAUGAAGCACAUCAACUGUCUUCGGGCGUCGCGUACCAAUGUGCAUGAAAUCUUGUACUUGAGUAUAGAGAAUUUUCAAGUGUGUGCGUGAAGUAGAAGCAGCAGCAGCCGUUUGUCUGCCUAUAAAAAAAAUCACACAGAAAAAAAACCGUAUUGCAAAAAAUUGUGACCCAAUGUUGUCUUGAGUGCGUGCGGGCGUGUGCGUGUGUAUGUACAUAUGUGCACAAGGAGGCACAGCUUCGGGUAGGUUGAAUCAGUACCCAUACCCCAAACCAACAUCAGAGAAUGCGUGCCGAAAUGGAGCAACAACAGCGCAACGCAUCGUCGUCAGAAUCCGCGAUGGUGACGACAACAUCGUCGACUUUGUCGGAGAGUAACCUCGUCAUCAUACAGGAUAUGAUUGAUCUUUCGGCCAACCAUUUGGAGGGUUUGCGCACUCAGUGUGCCACAAGCGCUACAUUAACGCAGCAGGAGAUACGUGCUCUGGAAUCUAAACUGGUGCGCUAUUUUUCCGAGUUGUUACUCGCCAAGUUGCGUCUAAAUGAACGCAUCCCAGCUAAUGGUCUACUGCCCCACACAACGGGCAAUGACCUAAAGCAAUGGCUCCGCGUCGUGGGGCUCAGCCAGGAGUCGCUCAAUGCAUGUGCGGAGCAUCUGUCGACGUUGGAGCAAUUGCUCACUCAAAACGAUGAGGAGCUGAAGCAACUGCUCUCACAGAAUCCCAACUAUCGGGAUGAGGAAUUGCGCCGACUGACCAAAGCCAUGCAAAAUCUGCGCAAAUGCAUGGAAACGCUUGAGAACGGAUCGGGGGCCACUGCCAGUGAUAUGGAACAAUGGCAUUGGGAUUCCUGGGAUCGACCACAUCACGUUCAUCGGGGAAGCAUUGGCAAUAUUGGACUGAGCACUGCAUCACCAAGGGCGCACCAUCGACAGCAUGGUCAGAAACCCAAAACUGGCAGUAAUUCUACCAAUACCUCAACAACAGUGGUAAAUGCAUCAACAACGAGUCGAAGUGGCCGGCAAUCGCCAACAACUAUGAGUGAGCAACAAUCACGUACAGAAGAUAUGAGCAUGCAAGGCUCUCAAUUAACCUUGACCCUAACACCCUCACCGCCGAAUUCACCAUUUACACCCUCAAGUGGAGGCAUGAGCAGCUUAAAUGGCACUCCGCAGCGGAGUAAAGCGGCAGGAGUAGCAGUGGUUGGUACACCUCCACCCGCCAAGAAGCAUCAAACACUGUUUACACAUAAUGCGACACCCACUCAUGUAGCUGCACUCAAUCCUGACUACAAUGUCUCAGUAAAUACUGAGAACAACACAUUGCCACGUAGUCGGCUUCCAACAGAUCCUAGUCCGGAUAGUCAUAGCUCCGCCAGCUCAGAUAUUUUAGUCGAUCCGAAUGCCACUGCCAUCCUCACCAGUGUCCUAAUGGUGCCCUGUUCCCCAGGCGUUGGACAUGUAGGCAUGGGUCACGCCAUCAAGCAUCGUUUUACCAAAGCCAUCGGAUUUAUUUCCACAUGCAAUUUAUGCCAGAAACAGGUCUUUAGUCGUUGCCUCAAGUGCACCGACUGCAAGUAUUUAUGCCACAAGGGCUGUGAGCCUCACGUGCCGCCCUCAUGUGGACUGCCGCGCGAAUAUGUUGAUGAGUUUCGGCAUAUCAAGGAGCAAGUCGGAUUUUCUACGUUACCGCACACUAACACCCACAACUCACAUAGCAAGGGAUCGCCACUGGCGAACUAUCGGAGCAUGUUGGGCAAACCAUUGCAGCAACACGGUGACAGCAGUUCACCCAGUUCUAGUUGCACCAGUUCCACUCCGAGCAGUCCAGCCCUCUUUAACCACCACCAGCAGCAACAACAACAACAUCAACUGCAGCAUGCAGGCAGCUACGGCGGCUCCUCAGCUGGCGGCAGCAGCUCCAGUGCCAAUUUGUUGCCCACACCCUCCGCCUAUCAGCAUAAACAUCAACAGAGUCAAUUUAAUUUCCCUAACGUGACGAUUACAAGUUCCGGCGCAAAUGCAGCCAGCAAUGCGGGUGAAACAGGAGGCGUUAGUACGCUAACAUUACUCUCAAAUGAGCCGUCGGAGUCAGUGGAUAGUGGUAUUACAAUGUCCUCCAGCAAUGGCAACAACAACAACGUCAGUAUCAGCAGCAACAGUAGCAACCACAACCACAUUAAUGCGAUAACCAGUAGUCAAAUGUCUAACCAGUCGAGUGUAUCCUCGAGCAUCACUACAACCACCUCCUACACAGCCAGCAUUGCCAAUACGGGCACCAGCAAGUUCUUCCCACGCAAACUGAGCACUGCUGGUGUGGAUAAACGUACGCCUUUCACGAGCGAAUAUACGGACACACACAAAUCUAACGAUAGCGACAAGACGGUAUCGUUAUCGGGCAGCGCCAGCACAGAUUCAGAUCGCACACCCGUACGCUUGGAUUCCACCGAGGAUGGUGACUCAGGUCAAUGGCGGCAGAAUUCAAUAUCACUAAAAGAAUGGGAUAUACCCUAUGGCGAUUUACGGCUACUUGAGCAAAUCGGUCAAGGACGAUUUGGCACCGUACAUCGGGCGCUCUGGCACGGUGAUGUGGCUGUUAAGCUGCUCAAUGAGGACUAUCUGCAAGAUGAGCAUAUGCUGGAAACUUUCAAGAACGAGGUUGCCAAUUUCAAGAAGACACGGCAUGAGAAUCUGGUAUUAUUUAUGGGCGCUUGCAUGAAUCCCCCGUACUUAGCGAUUGUGACGUCACUGUGCAAGGGUAACACCCUAUACACAUAUAUCCAUCAGCGUCGCGAGAAAUUCGCAAUGAAUCGAACACUCCUAAUUGCCCAACAGAUAGCACAGGGCAUGGGCUAUUUACAUGCCCGCGACAUUAUACAUAAGGAUCUGCGUACGAAGAACAUUUUCCUCGAGAAUGGCAAAGUGAUCAUCACUGAUUUUGGGCUGUUCAGCUCGACGAAGUUACUGUACUGUGAUAUAGGGUUAGGAAUACCACACAAUUGGUUGUGCUAUUUGGCACCGGAGCUAAUAAGAAAACUAAUGCCCCGUAAGCCGACUGGCGAAUGUUUGGAAUUUACAACCGCUUCGGACGUCUAUUCAUUCGGCACUGUGUGGUACGAGCUGAUAUGUGGAGAGUUUACUUUCAAGGAUCAGCCGGCAGAAUCGAUUAUAUGGCAAGUGGGACGUGGCAUGAAACAAUCGUUGGCCAAUUUGCAAUCGGGUCGUGAUGUCAAGGAUUUAUUAAUGCUGUGCUGGACCUUUGACAAGAAGAAUAGACCGGAAUUCGCAAAACUACUCACACUUCUAGAGCACUUGCCAAAGAAACGUUUGGCACGCAGUCCCUCGCAUCCUGUAAAUCUGUCUCGUUCGGCAGAGUCCGUAUUUUGAGUUGCUUACAACAGUUUGGUACUAAUUCGGUGUUCCGAGAUGCCCCGAGAAAUUAGCAGCACAUACAGUAAUUCAUUGUAAGCAACCAUUGUUAGUAAUCCUAGUACAAUUCUAUAAUAAUGUUUGUUUUAAAUCUAAGUACUGCUUGUAUACAUACAUAUGUAACUUAAUCGUUGUACGUGUAAAUGUCAAAACACUGUCAAAAUGGCAAAGGUCACGCACUCUGCUGACUCUCUGACUCUGUGGCCACUUCCUGAACAACUACGACUCUCAAAGCAAAGUUCAAAUGUGCAUGUGUUAAAAAAAAUAAUUAAGAACAAUAAAAUUGUAAAUACAUAAACUACUUACUUAUUAUAUACAGGAUACAUAUGAAAGUAAAUUCAACAAUUAUAGCAACUGAGUGUAUGCAUGUAGUAUGUUCUAAAAGAGAUUUUAAACUUUAAUGUAUUCAAUAUGCAAGCUAAAAGGAAAUUGUAUGAAACAAACGAACACAAAAAACAAAUGUUAACUUUCUAAAAGACAACGUUUAAAUGUUAAAUUAAAAUAUUAUAUUGAAAAUGCAAAUUACGAAGAAAGAGUAAAACAUAGUUAUUUAAAAGCAAGCACUGUGGCAACUCUAAACGUAAACGUAAAUCAGGUGAGCAAUUUUAAAAUUGUUAAUUAUGUGUAAGCAAAGCUCUAUCCAUAUAUAUAUAAAUAUGUAUUUGAAAGAAUAUGCAUCUAAUAUAUACAUAAUGUAUUGUGAAGCGUAUAUAGAGAAGGAUAAAAUGUCAAAUAAAAUAUCACUUAAACCAAA